ACCCAUCAAACCCACAGAUAUUCUCCCACCAGAGGAUGGCCAGCAGAUUGCACAGGAGCUUGGUAUUCCUUACUAUGAGACCAGUGUUGUUGCGCAGUUUGGGAUCAAAGACGUCUUUGACAAUUCAAUCCGGGCAGCACUCAUUGCAAGACGCCAUCUGCAUUUCUGGAAGUCACACCUUAAGAAAGUACAAAAGCCUCUGCUUCAGGCUCCUUUCCUCCCUCCAAAGCCCCCUCCAGUUGUUAUCAGAGUUCCAGAUACCCUUUUAUUGGGCGGCGAAACACCAGCAACUCUCUUCUCAACUCCCAUUUCUCCUGAUGUCACCUUCAUUGUUCAUGAUGGGCAGCAGGUCUUCGCUCACAAAGUGUACUUGGCCACUUCCUGUUCCAAGUUCUAUGACCUGUUCAGUAUAGACUUAAUGCAAAAGCCUUGCAUGGAUGGAGAGAAAGAGGCAGAUGAUACAGGAAAGAGAACACCCAGAAAAGAGCAGGCAGGUAACACCAAGAACCUCAGAGUGGAUGACAGUAUUUUUGUAAAGAACCCACCAGUAUCACUGAGAACUUCAAAUAGCAAUGAGACUGUGAACCUGACAGACCAUCAGAGAAUGAGCCAAGUGGCCUUAAAGCAUGGAAAGCAGCUCAGCAAGUGGGCAAGGGGCUUUCUGACCAUUCAUUUGGAUUACAUAGAAGAUCCGGUGACUGGAAGAGAUCGAUAUAUGACUGUUGUAACCAUGGACUUCCUGAUCCAGAAAAAGCCGUUCCAGACUGUACUUGAAUAUCUGUACACAGGCUAUUUGAAUGAGAACCAAGUGGAUCUGAUAGAGGUUGCUGUCAUUGCUGAGAUCUUGGAAGUAUUUGACUUGAGGAUGAUGGUUGCUAAUGUACUGAAUAAGGAGAGUUUUAUGAACCAGGAAAUCACGAAAGCCUUCCACGUGCGACGUGCCAACAGGAUCAAAGAGUUCCUUUUAAAGGGGACCUUUUCAGGUAUGACUGGGGCCAUGGGAAGUAUUUGUGAUGUGGAAAUGCUGUCCAUUACUGUAAACAAACCAGGGACAA